AUGAAUACGCCCAACCCCUACGAUACAUCCUCGUCAUUCGCCGGUGGCUACCCACACUCGACCGUCUCACCCUACUACAAUAUUCCGCGCAACAGCAACGUGCGCCCCGAAUCAGCCGAGUGUACCACGUCUGACACGGUACCCAGCCAACACCAGUUCCCAUCACUGAGCCCUCAAGCGCUUCGAAAGCCGGAGGAAGGCCAUCUAGACAAAUUUCUUUCCCCAUCCAUUCCUGUCGAUUCCCAGUCCACCAGAAGAGCGUCUACGUCCGCAAUCUAUGGUCAGGCCUCUACGCGCACUGCUCCGGCCCUUGGUCCACAUGCUCACCCCCGUCGACCUGCGUUCUCACUUUCCAAUAACUCCCUCGGGCGCCAGCGCUCGGUGUCGGAUACCCAUAUUCAACCGCCCCGGCUGGUACUCGGACAUCAGAAAUCGGCAUCGACAACUACACAACCUGGUCCGGCAUUUUCUGAUAGUUUGUUGGGCUUGGCUCAUCGAAGACAAUAUAGUUCUCCUUACUUCACUUUGCACCCUUAUGACGAGAGAGGUUCCCUUGGUCAGGGCCAACCUACGUGGAGUACGCAAUAUGCGACAGGCUCUUCGGUCGAUACUUCAGCGGAGACAUCUUCGAGACUUGCUUCGUACGAUGCGACACCGAUGUCGUCCGCUAGUCCCUUUUCUGCCCCUGUGCCUCAGUCGUUCGGCGGUCCAUCGAGGGAGCGUACGACGCAAACAUGGUCAAACUCUGAACAGGGCGACUUCCACUCCGAACACGUCGAGUCCCUGCCCGCUCCGGAUUCGUUGUUGUUCCCCGCGACACGCCUCUCGACGGCUCCGGUCACAAACUACGAACAACCCUCAAUACCUACUACUUUCCCCGCGCCACAAUCGCUCACCCCGGCUAUGUUACGGCCUGAUCAUGCGAUUCCCCGGACAUUACCUGCGCCUAACUUCCCCGGGGGCUACACUUCUGGGAGCGAAGGUUAUGAUGGGUCCUCGAGCACGUUUUCCUCUGUUCCGUUCGGUGCCACCGCCACAAAGCAUAGCACCAUUCUUACCAAGACCUCACGCCCUCUCGAUUCAAAUACGGCAGAUGCAUCGACGCGGCCGCCAUCUCCCCCUAACCUUCCUGCUCCUACUUCAUCCUUUCGUCAUAUGGAUCCUUCUUCGUACGCAACGCCGGAUUCCCAUCCCUCUUCGUCGAAGCAGCGCGCUAAAAAGCCCCGCUCGACGAAGACUGCGUCUCAUGCUCAGUCAUUGUGCAUGCCUGGCACCUCUGGCGCUGCGGUCCUUGAUCAUGACGAACCUCAUACCGUUGGUGCUGUAGUUAAAACUCCUAUAUCUAAUGGUAAGCGCAAGGCCGACGAGGUCGAAGACCUUGACGAGGGACGAUCUGCGGCUGGUCCGUCGAAGAAGGCUAAGAGCGAUGCCAAGGAGAGGAAGAGAGAGACUGAUAGGGAGUAUCAGCAAGGUCGCCGCGGGAAGGCCGAUAUGCGAAGGGAGAAGAUGUGGAAACUCGCAGGUAUCAUGACUGGCACACUCGAGCAGAAGGAUGAAUCACUUCUUCAAUACGUCCAGCGAUGCUCUGGGGGACAGUGUCACCCAGAAAGAGCUGCUGCGCUCGACAUGGCAUCCGAAAGGAUCAGGGAACUUGAGUCUGAGUCAGCAUCCUCAAAUCAUCAAGCGAUGACAUGGAGAGGACAACUACAAGAGGCCACGGCGAAGUUGCAAAUAAAGAACACACAGAUAGAGCAAUUGAACAACAUCAUACGACAUCUAUCGCGGAAUGGUACCAUUUAG